UUUCCUCCAUCUCACUCUCAUUCUCAUAAGCACCGAAGGCCUGACCAAGUAGUAAUGGCAGACCACAACAACAGCAAAGCCCCAAAGACGCGGCUGGCCGACUCAGCCUACCUGUCGCCAUACUCACAAGAAGGGGCGCCCAGGCCACAUCCCAACACCAACCCGUAUGCACCUCUCCGCGCCAGUGCCCUAUCGACGCUCGAGGCAAUGGGCUACGACCCCAGCACCAUGGUUGAGCGGGGCGUCGUCUGGGCUGAGGACCAGGCUCCCUUCGGCCACGUGAUGCACUCGCAGUACAUGCAUUUCUUGGGCACCUGCUUCCACCGUUUCAUGGAGGGCUACGACGAGUUCCUCAGCGAGCAGGAGUACGACGAUAUGAUCCAUGCACGGACCGUCGUCCCUGUCAUCCGCAAGUACGAGCUGGAUAUCCGGAGGCAGGUCAAGUAUCCCGACUCGCUCAUCGCCGCCUACCGGCAGGACCGCAUCGAGCCGACGCGCAACAGCGGCACGACGUCCCUGUUCUCACUGAGACAGCAAGCUAUAGUUGCCCAGGUCAAGGGCUCCGUGACCUACAUGGACGUCAAGACUGGCCGCCCUGAUGAUAUUCAAAGCCGAGGAGGAGGAUGGCCGGUGCUGUACGCUGGUCUCACACGCAAGUCUGAAAGUGCAAACGCCAUGAGGGAAAAGUGGGAGGCCGACCACCCGGCCAAGUCCAAGAUUUGA